CACACACAUGUAAAAUAGCUAGACUGACAGAUGGCCUCUGUCCUGAUAUAUUGUUUUUGCAUACACACACACGCAAACACAAACGAAUCAAAAGAGAAAGUAUCAUUGGGUUUAACUCUCGGCCAUUUCAAAAACUCGUUACAAACCCUGAAAGAGAAUCAUUAAUCUGCUCUCUGGUAGAAAUGAAGAUGUUUCUUCAGGUUUUGUUGGUUUUCUUGAUCAGUCAGAUAUCUGGGACGAAUCAAGAUGAAGUGAAGGUUGUUGGUCAUGAUCCGAUACAUGCAAAGGUUGGAGACGACGUUAUUCUGCCAUGUCAUCUGGAGCCUCCAUUUGAUGUGAACAAACUUACGAUUGAAUGGAAAUUAAAGGGUCAAAAAAUACAUGUGCAUCACAGUCGAGCUAAAGAUAAUGAAAUUUCAGACCCAGAGUACCAUGACCGAACCUUCAUGUUCCCUGAUGAGUUUGAAAAAGGCAACAUUUCCCUCAAAUUGACCAAAGUAACCGAGGAGGAUGAAGGGAAUUAUAUUUGCUUUGUUCCCAGUCUGGAAAGACAAGUCAGGAAGGGAAACGUUACUCUAAUACUUGAUAAAAAUGGAUCCCAAAGCAACUUGACUGAUACUAGAGGAACUGAUCCUGGAGUUAUUGUUGGAAUUAUUGGUGCUCUUGUUGGUGUUGUUGGUCUAGCAGCACUCAUCUUCAUCACAUACUGUGUUCUACGUUGCCGGAGACGUGAACAAAUCGCAGAGAAAAUGUCGACUCAGGAAAUGAAGCUGAAGUAG